CCUGCACGGCAGCAUCACAAACACAAGAGCAACCCGAAGUCCCAAACCCCGCCAAGAUCAGCUACAUCUGGCAUUGUACCUCCUCUUCUUGCUUUACUUCUUCCAGUUCCAACCGCAAUGGCAGCUGCUAUGAAGACCACCCUCCUUGUCAUGGCGGCGAUGGCCAUCUUGGGCACCGCCUCAGCGGCCACAUACAACGUCGGCGAGCCGGCCGGCGAGUGGGGCUUCGGCAUCAACUACGGCAGCUGGGCGUCCUCCAAGCAGUUCAUCCCCGGUGACAGUAUCGUCUUCAAGUACUCCCCGCAGGCGCAUGACGUGCUUGAAGUCAGCAAGGCCGACUACGACUCCUGCAGCGCCGCAAGCCCAAUGACCACCCUUAAAACCGGCAACGACAUCGUCGCACUCCCUGCCACGGGCACCCGCUACUUCAUCUGCGGUAUCGCUGGCCACUGCUCAGCCGGCAUGAAGGUCACGAUCGACGUCGUGUCAGCCUCAUCCCCGUCGACACCAUCGUCGCCCGCACCAGCCAGCGGUCCCAGCGCCAGCAACUCUCCCCCGCCGCUGUCACCCUCCGCCGCUACCUCCGUCAGGGUCACAGCAAGCCUUGGCCUUGUCGUUCUGCUUGCCGGUCUCAUGGCUUGAAGCCUUGAAGUCUGACAUCUACCGCUGCAUGAACAUACGAGCUUAUGUAUAAUCAAAUAUAUUGCUGGUGUAUUUUUUUAGUGAGAGUAUGAGACAUUACAUGUAUGGUUUGCAUAUUCAUUGACUCAUUGUAAAGGAUAUAAAUUAAUAUAAAGGCAACAUCUUUUCAA